CGUUUUGAAUAAUGCCAGCCGGUAUCCCCCAGAUUUGUUGGUUUUUUCUAGCCUUUUGUUCACCAUUUCCCCUCAUGCAUACAGAUUCUUGAGAAAUUCGAUGAAGCUUAAGAUGCCGCAUCCUGAUACUAUCAGGAGACUGUGUUCAUCGUGUGAUAUUAACCCCGUAAAGGAGCAGCAAGAAGCUAGCUUUCUUUCUUAUGCCAAGCGGAUUGUAAGCACACUUAAAGAGCAUGAAAAGACUGUGACAUUAAUGCUUGAUGAGGUUCAUCUGCAGUCUUUUUUCGAUUACAAGGCUGGCUUUGUAACUGGCGCUGCGGCAAAUUCAUCAACUGCGGCAAAGACUGCCCACGUAUUUAUGAUACAGAGCCUUCUUUCUUCAAACAAGGAUGUUGUACACAUUCUUCCCGUGGCGCACAUUGAUGCUAAGGCACUACAUGACUUCCUUCGGAAGCUUAUUCUUGAUCUCGAGGCAUCUGGUUUUAGAAUAAUCGCAGUGAUCUCAGACAAUAACUCCAUAAACAGAAAAGCUAUGUCCUUCUUCGCUAAGCCCGCAAGUGUCAGCAUUGUUUACCAGCAUCCUGCUGACUCAUCGCGACCCCUGUUUUUCGUGGUGGACCCAGUUCACAUACUAAAGUGUAUAAGAAAUAACUGGCUCAAUCAACGAAACAUUGGAAAAUGCAUGUACUUUCCUGAACCAAAAAGUAAUGAGGCUGAACCAAAGAUACUUACAGCAUCUUUCAAGGUAUUGUGCGAGUUGCACGAAGCUGAAAAGCAUGAGCUCUUGAAGUUAGCGCCAACUCUCACUUUGAAAGCGCUGAACCCCUCCAACAUGGAACGACAGGACGUUAAGCUUCCACUAAAGGUUUUUAACUCAUCUACUGUUGCUGCUCUCAGUACCGCAACGUUCCAGCAUGCUAAGGAAACAUCUGAGUACAUUGACACCAUAUUGACUUGGUGGAACAUUGUUAACGUAAAGACGCCAAGAAAAGGACAGCGGUUGCGAGAUCAUUUGCAAGGACCAAUAGUAUCAUCGUUGUGUCCGCAGCUCGAGUUCCUGCAAAAAAUAGUUGAGUGGCUUGAUCACUGGGAAAGCCUCAGACAUGACAAUGGCCGCCUUACACGUGAAACGCACGCAGCUUUCAGCCACAUUACCCACGCCUUGCACGAACUAGCCAUAUACUGCCUGGAAGAGCUUCAUUUUGAGUACGUUCUUUUGGGCAAAUUUCAAACUGACUGCUUGGAGGAUCGCUUCGGAAAGUAUCGGCAACUGUCGGGUGCGAAUUACCAUGUGUCAAUAAGGCAGAUAUAUGAAUCUGAAAACAAACUGCGUUUGCAGAAGGUUUUGGACCUGCCAGAUUUAGACAUGCUACCAGCUCCGAGUGCGAAUACAUGGAGGACAGGUGUGCCGUCUGCGCACGGCCAGUUUGACGUCGCUGUGACUGAUUCUGACAUUCAGAAAAAAGCGUCAAGGCUUCCUGCAGUAACAUACGUUGCCGGCUAUUGUGCCCAUCCAGCUUUAAAGAAAUUGGCAUGCGGAUCGUGCAGGGAAAACCUUGUGAUGCAAGACGUCGACCUAGAUGAUGCUGAGAAUGCAUUAAUCACGAAGAUGUCGAGGGGUGGGCUGAAGUUUCCACGAGCAGUUGUAGUUAACGCUGUGCUGUUUACUGAAAUUAUAUUAGACAAGCUCAGGGCACCAGAAUACUCUGCGCGAUUUCUCAGCCUUCCUAUGCAGAAAGACACUCUUGUCAGCCUUGUGUUCUCUGCCCUUGCAGACUAUGAGGACCUAGAUGUGUGUGAUUCUGGUCAUUCUGCACAGGAAGUAAUGGAGCAUGUUGUCAGUGCUGCAGCGAAUACACUGCUGAACAACUUGUGCCGCACAGAAAACGACAAAUUACGUAAUGCCAAGAAUGAGCGAAAGCUAAAGACCUUGAAGACCUGAGAGCUGUUUCUCGUUCCUUAUGUUUUAUUCAUGAUGCUCUGUUUUUUGGAAGAUAUUUGUAUGCUUUUGUUGACAGAACCCUUGUAAAAAUUGUGUGCCGUAGCUAGGCUUCACUUGCGCACAACAUCAUCAUAUAAACGAUGCAUUUUGUCCAUUCUAAAUACUAUCGUUGAAGCGCAUUGUGAUAGUUGUUUAUCAUUGCAGCUCUCCAUGUUACCGCAUUUCACCAUUGUGUACUUUAAUUUUGCACUGAGGGGAGAAAUUUUGUUUUUGGCGGGGUCUUCGCCAUUAUCUCAACAUUUUAUGAAGACCAAAGUGACCAGCAAACAGGGCGGGUGGAAAUAAAAAAAAACACGAUCAGAGAUUGUACAAGAAGGCUGAAGCUCGUUUUGUGCGAAUCAUUUGUGCAUGGCGCUAUUAUGAUAAAAUGUACACCAAUAAAAUGAACCUUGAUAUUCUUGUGUCUAGCCCUGUUUUACAAAAUGCGAAAAUGCACAUGAUCAAUGCAAAUACACGCUUUAAACUGUUUCUUGAAGAAUUGAGUUUUUUUAUAAUUUGUCAUUAAAGUAUACUA